GUCUAGAAUCUUCAGUCUCUUUCUUCACUUUCCUUCUGUUCGCGUCUGGAAGUCUCUCCCUCGCACAGAGGAUCAAACUCAUUGCUUCCAUCUAUGUUUCUGUAGAGAGAGUUUCAAUAUUCUCUGUAGACGAGGGUCUGCGUUCCUAUGAUAAUCGGAUUGCAAAGAGAGAAUUAGGUUUGCGAGCACCAUGUCCAAGCUAUUUGGAGGGAGAAAUCCAUUUGACGACCCGUUCUUCACUCGCCCGUUUGGCGCCAUGUUUGGCACCCACACUCAAUCCGGGCAUCGAUCAAGGGAAGUAACGAUUGAAGAAGUGGACUCUGAUGGCAACCCCUUGAACCAUUCUGAGCCAAGCAAAGAACUAGCUGCCAAGAACGCAAAUAUUGACGAUCCCAUAGAGAACCAAAAUGGGAAAAAGAGUUUAAGCUUCCAGAGAGUUUCAUAUGGGGGUUUAAAUGGCAUGUAUUACACUGCUUCUGUCACUAAAAAGACAGGUGAUGAUGGGGUGUUCCUGAUGGAGAUCAAAGAAGAAGAUAAGACAGUGGGCCAAACACUGGAUACAGUUUCUAGGGGGAUCCAUGAUAAGGGGCAUUCAGUCACGAAAAAGUGGACUUUAGAUGGUAAUUUGGAUGCAGUGCAGACUUUGCACAACUUGAAUGAAGAUGAACUUGUGGGGUUUGAAGAGACCUGGAAAUCUAGCAGUCAUAAUUUACCUCCUGACUGGAACACUGGGUUCAGUUUGCUUGAUUAUGCAGGAGAUGAUGCAAUACUUGUUGAAGUUGGGCCAUCUUGGAAGGGCGAUUUUGGAUUCAAGCUUGGAUUUAUUACUCAUUCGGAGAAGAUGAUGUUUGAGAAAAUGCUUGGUUAUACCUUUAAAGCUAACCCUCAUAUUGGGUCAAGGAUUAAGUAAUUAAAGAAAUACUAUAAUGCAACUUGUGAAAUGAUGGGGCCUAGGGGUUCUAUUGGAUUUGGGUGGAAUGACAAAAACAAAUUGAUUGUGGUUUGAGAAAGAAAUAUACAAAGAAUGGAUAAAGGUAAAAUAUAACAAUAAAUUUGUACUUAUUUCCUUUUUUUCAUCAAUAUAGAUUUAUUCAUCAAAUAAUUUUUAAAAAUAAUUCUAUUUUGUGUACGCAUAUUUCUAUUUCUUUACUUUGAUGUAUUGGGUUCAAUUUUUGGCAAUGAUGUAGCUAAUGGAGCUGAUGUGGAGGAUCCAUUAGAUGCUGUAGAAGCUAUGAACAAAGAGGCUGAUGUUAUUGAAAUUGAGUAGGG